AUGACUUCAAGUGAAACAAAAGAUCCGGCGUCAGAUUUGCCUGUCGACCAAAUGCUUAUCAGCACUGCACCACCUGGUUUUCAAACUGAUGUCAACAAUUUGAUGCCCAAUCGAGCACGAGUUGAGGCACCUUUUCCCACGCAGUGGGCUCCAUCAAUAGAAAAUCAAGUCGGGGCCCAAAAUUCUGAUUGUGGUACUCCGCAUCUGCCAGAUGGUUUUGACCUAACCGACGAUGAUGGCACUGACUUGACGGGUGGUGGAACAGUUCGUGGUAUCGCUGACCAUGGAGAGACGGAGUCUGAAACUGAUGCUUCUUUGGCUAACCAUUUUCAAGGCCUUUCCGUCUUUGAGACCUCCCGGGCGAACCACAUAUGGGCUAUUGGUGCAGAGCGCAGAGGUCAGGCGUCUGCGGAUGAUUUUAAUACCAGUUCUGGGGACGUCGCAGGUGUGGGCAUCGGCUCUAUGAAUUCCGCUACACCUGUGCCCAUUGGGACGCUUACAACCUCACUUGGGGAUGUCGAUGGUGUGGGAAAAAGCAAGAUGGCUUCUGCCUCUGCACCUGAAUCCAUGCCUGGCAUCGACAUCCAGUCUAUCUGGGAAUCAAAGGGCUAUAAUCGACGUUUGUGGAUAAAUGAUCGUCUAUUUGAUUCAGACGAUCAACUGAAAAGAGAUGGAAAUGAAGACCAAUCAUUGGACGAGGUUACGGUCGCUGAAGCUAAACUUGAUAAUAAUGGGGACGCAUGGGAAUGGGAUGAUUCAUUACUUGGCCCUUCCUUUGGGUGCAACAGUGGAUUACCUCCCCAGAUGUCGUCAGGAAUGGUGUCAGUCGCAAGUCUGCCGGAAAAUGCGACACCCAACAUCCCUGUAGUUAGCUCUGGUAGUAACGAAGCGUCACCAGAGGUCGCUCCUGCGGUUCCACUAACUGCGCAGCGUUCCGCUCAGCCGACGUCAAUGCCCAUGCCGAUGCCCCCACCUCAGUUUGAUCCAAUGUCGAUGGCCAUGGCAAUGUCGAUGUUCAUGCAGCCUCAAAAUGCCCCUGCUCCACCAUCGCAUUCCAAUUCUAGUGUUACUUCACCUUCGAGUACUUGGAAUCCCUUAGUCUUCAACAUGUUUAUGCAGCAACUUGCUCAGAACCCAGCCACGGCAGCUUUGGCCGCAUCCAUUACUCCACCGCCUCUGCCCGCGCUUCCAUUGCCACCACCUUCACAGGGCGUGCCUAAUGCUGCAUCGCAAGCGCAGUCUCAGGCACAACCAACACCCGAUUUGACAUCUGAUCAUGCUCGUCUUGUUGCCUAUCUGAUACUUCAGAUGCAGAAUCAACUAUUCUUCAAUCAGCAGCAACAGCAACAACCGCAGCAGCCUAAUUCGCCUAGCCAACAGCAACACUUCGCUCUUCAGGCUUUUCAAGCUGCCACAGUUGCCGGAAUGAGAGGGGCAGGUGGCCCCGGGCAAGUGGGUCCGGCCUUGCCGGCACAACAGGGUACAAUUACCCCCUAUGGUUUACCACAGCCCACGGCGUCCCCACAUCCGGGGGGAUCGCCACUAUUUCCACCGGGAGCAAAUGUGUCGGUAACCUCAGGUAAUCAGGCUGGCCCUUCGGCACCGCCCCCUCCACCUCCACCAGGAUUCGCUCGUGUCGUUAAUACUGCGAAGAGCUUUAGCCCCGCCGCCUCCGGUUACUCUGCUAUUGAGGGUGGUCCCUCACCGGUAGCCAACAAUGCUGGGGUUCCUGUUAGCAGAAGCCAGCUGCUGGAAGAAUUCCGAAAUUCGACAGCUCGUUUUCAGCACAUUCAACUCUCUGAGCUUCGUGACCACAUUGUUGAGUUCGCUCGUGAUCAGCACGGAUCACGAUUCAUUCAGCAGAAACUGGAAACGGCUACGAUUGAGGAGAAAAAUAUUGUCUUCUCAGAAAUUCUUCCUCAAGCGGGCAAACUGAUGGUUGAUGUUUUUGGAAACUAUGUCAUACAGAAGUUUUUUGAAUUCGGAACUGAUAACCAAAAGGAGCUCCUUUCUCAAUGCUUGCAUGGCCACGUUGUGGAGUUUGCAGUGCAAAUGUACGGCUGUCGGGUUAUUCAAAAAGCUCUCGAAUCGGUUCCACUGGAGUCCAAAAUUCGUAUCAUUAGCGAACUUCGUCCCCAUGUGAUGCGCUGUGUGAAGGAUCAGAAUGGCAACCAUGUGAUUCAAAAAUGCAUCGAGUGUGUUCCCUCGGCUGAGCUGGAUUUUAUCAUAACUACGUUUCGUGGCCAGGUUUAUACUCUGUCGUCCCACCCCUAUGGUUGUCGAGUUAUCCAACGCAUUCUGGAGCACUGCUCCACUGAACAAACUCGGGUAAUUCUGGAUGAGCUACAUCAGAGUGUUGAUAACCUUGUCAAUGACCAGUAUGGCAAUUAUGUUGUACAGCAUGUUCUGGAGCACGGUUCGCAAGAGGAUAAGUCUCGCAUAAUCAACAGUCUGCGCGGACGUGUAGCCACCCUCUCGGAGCACAAAUUUGCAUCAAACGUUAUGGAGAAGGCGAUCGCUAACGCCACCCCAGCUGAGCGUUCGGCUCUUAUAAACGAGGUGCUGGUGUCUGCAGAUGGCACAGAUAAUGGACCUGGAGGCGUUCUGGUCGACAUGAUGAAGGACCAAUUCGCUAACUAUGUAGUUCAGCGCAUGCUUGAGCUAGCCGAUAAGCAGCAGCGAAACAGUCUCAUAACUCGCAUUCGUCCCCUUGUCGGCACGCUGCGCAAAUAUAACUACGGGAAGCACAUCAUUACGAAGUUAGAAAAGUAUGGAGCAGGUGGUAGUAACUGCAGCUCAAGUGGGAGUGGCAAAGUCGGCCUCAUUUCUCCCGCUGGCACGUCAAACGACCACCUAAAAUCGGUGUAG